GUUUGUUAGCGGUGCAGUGAGGUGGGGAACGGGUUUUUAGGUAGAAUGUGAACUACUCAUGUUGAAAAUGGCAGUAGCAGCAUUUUCCGAUGAGAGCUCCAUGACUUCUUGCAUUAGCAGCCACUACUCCUUGGAGCAGGAGGAAUUGUUCAUCAGUGAUCUGCUGAGUGACAAGGCAGAGUCGCCUCGCUUCAUCUGUCGAGUGUGCGACGAGGGAACGGUUGUCACAUCCAGAUGUCGUGACUGCAACGAAGCGUUGUGCGACAGCUGCGUGCGAGCCCAUCACAGAGUCCGCCUGACCAAAGACCACUACAUCCAGCGCUUCGACGACAACCACAACGCCAACUUCAGUCCCACUUUCUACAAGCCCAUCAGUUCGAUUUCACCCCCAGGCAACAAUUUCUUCUGCGAGCUCCACAUAACCGAAAUAGUUCGGCUGUACUGUGAGACGUGCGAUGUGGCCAUCUGCGGAGAAUGUGUCUCCAACGAACACAGCGGACACGCCUUCAUAUACUUUCAAGACGCCCUUGACAACGCAAGGAAACUCAGCAUCAAGCUGUUGGACGACAUGAGAUCUACCGCUAUCACCACUAAAGAGAAUUUGGACAAAGCCAAUAGAAUGAUUGAAACCAUUGACCUCAGAGCUACAGCAGUGUCCAGGGAUAUAAGAAACACUAUGAAGAAGUUUCAUUUAGCUUUGGAAGAGAGGGAACGGGAGCUGCUCAACAGGGUCGAACAGUUCAGAGUCAUGAAGGGAAAGUUCUUGAGUCAGCAAGUAGAAGAAUUCAGACUGGCGUUCACCCGGUGUAGCCGUACACAUGAUUUGUUGAAUGACGCUCUAGAAGGUGGUUCUUCUUACGAUCUCUUGCAAGCUAAAAAUCAAGCUGUCAAUGAAUUGAAACUCUUCAAAGAACUGAAACUCUCUAUGCAACCUCAGGAAGAUGACAAUAUAUUGUUUUUACCUCCAGAACAAGCUUUGUUCAAUGCUGUAAGAGCGAUGGGCAGCGUAUCGACCUCAGUUUUUCCACCUGUUUCCAUUUCCAUCAAUGACAGUAUCAUGUGUACUCCCAUGACCAAAGAAAUAGGGUUUCCUGCACUCACUAAACCUCAUCUCGGUGAAAGCAUUUUAGGCGUACCAGAUACUAUGAUGGCAGCCAUCUCUCCACCAGACGGCCCUUUCUCGUUCACAGAUGUAGAGCCCAGAAGAGAUAGUACCUUCGGAGUGAACUUCAGAUCCAAACUGGACGGGAAUCAGAUCAUUCAAAACAUUUUGCGCAACAAGCACGUCUCUGUGACACAGUUCAAUAUCAACCUGAACGCUCGCAGCGGACGAAACUACACAGAAGCUGGGCAAGUACAGUUGGUGUUUGGCAAAGAAGGAGACGCAGAUGGAGAGCUGUGUAGACCGUGGGGAGUCUGUUGUGACCGAAACAAUAACAUCAUCAUCGCGGACCGCAGUAACAACCGCAUCCAGAUCUUCAGCCGUAAAGGAGUAUUCCUCCGCAAAUUCGGUCGUCACGGAAACGAGCCAGGAGAAUUUGAUAGACCAGCAGGAGUGUCCACAGAUCCGGCCAACAGGAUCGUUGUUGCUGACAAAGACAAUCACAGAAUACAAAUAUUUACAUCAGAAGGAGAUUUUGUCUACACAUUCGGUGAAAAGGGAAGCAAGAAUGGACAGUUCAACUACCCGUGGGAUGUCGACGUUGAUCCUACUGGCCGCAUCGUUGUGUCUGACACUAGAAAUCACAGAAUUCAACUCUUCACUCCUGACGGGACUUUCAUUAGCAAGUACGGGUACGAAAACACUUCUACCAUGUGGAAGCACUUUGACUCUCCAAGAGGCGUCUGCUUCGGAUUAAACGGAACUGUAAUUGUUACUGACUUCAACAAUCAUAGAUUGGUUGUCAUUGAGCCCAACUGUCGCAAUGCAAGAUUUCUGGGAAGCGAAGGAUCUGGAGCCAAGGAGUUUCUGCGUCCGCAAGGAGUCGCUGUGGACAGAGAGGGUCACAUCAUUGUAGCAGAUUCCAGGAACCAUCGUAUCCAGGUGUUUGAGAACAACGGCAGCUUCCUGUGGCAGUUCGGCCAAGUAGGGAAGGAGGAGGGACAACUCGACCGUCCUAGCGGGAUCUGCCUCACCAACGACGGCCAGAUCGUCGUCGUAGACUUUGGUAACAACCGUAUCCAGGUAUAUUAAAUCUUACGGGUUUUAUUCAGUAACUUAUUUUACUUGUAGGACAAAAUGUCUUUGCUGAAGGAAUCUGAACGUUUUUGACAAUGAUUGUCUAACAGACCAUCUCAUUGUGUAGUUUGUAUAUAUGAUGUAUAAUUUAUUGAAGCAGUUGUCUAAGACAAUCCAUGCUAUGGUGGCUUCUUAUCCUAUCUAUGAAUAAGAAAGUAGAUUAAAUCAAAAGUCUUUUAUUGGGGGGUGAUUUGAAAAGUAGGUUCCGUUUUUGUAAUAAUCAUAGAGGUUUCCAGAAAAAGUUUUGCCAAUGUAAAAGUGUUUCCUACAACUAUCUACUACAGUAUUGUGCAUAAAAUGUUAAAAUAAGACUACAUCCCAGAAGAUUUAAUUUCAAACCAAAUAGCCUAGCCUACACAUUUGCUGUUGAUAAAAAAAAAAAAAAAAUUGGGAGACUUUUAGUUGUAUUAGUACUUUAGUUACUAAGGUAUGCCAAUAGUUGGUGUCUAUUUUGUCAUUAAAUUGUAAAUCCGAUCCUACUUUUCAAAUAACCCUAGUAUGUUAUUCUGUGAUUUUAAAAAGUCUUUAGUUUUAUGUAGCGUUCACAUUCCUUCAGUUGAAUUACAUGCAAUGAAGGGGCAUUUGGACUUCACCACUGAUCAUACAUUUACUCGUUCCAACCCGUGAAUAAUUGGAAAUCUUUAAGUAUAUUGUAGUUUUAUUGUUGCUCAUUUUAAGUGAUGUAUACUGUUUUUUUUAUUACCUGAUGCCGCAUACAAUGUUUGGCUCUUGUACUUUGUACAUGUGUGUGUUGUUGUUUACAAAGUUUGAUAUUUGUAUUUAUAGUUGUCUAAUUAUAGACAGAAUCGAUUAUUAUUGCAUAGUUCCUCGGGUGCAUUAAGACGAUUUGUCUUUAAGUACAAAAAGAAGUAGCAGUUAGUUUUGUUACAGUCCAAAACUAAAAUGUGAUUUUGCAUUUAUUCUAAGACUUAUAAGACUGAAUGAGUGGCAAGACUGAUACGUGCCAUUGAAUCUUUGACGAGUCCGGAGGACUUAUAUUAGUAUUUGGAUGUUUCCUAAAGACAAAUGCAGAACUGCAAGCUUAUAGUUAAGGACUUUAGAACAAUAUAUCGUCUCAUAGCGUAUACUUACGGUUUGUUAGCUAAAACACCAAUCAUCUCAAACCCUCACAUUAAUCAUAUACUUAGUCAUAAAGAAUCGUGUAUUAUAUCAAGUUAUAUUUCGUUUUAUAAAUUUUUUGUAAAUUUUACCUUUUGUUAAAGAAUUACUAAUGCACCAUUUGUGAGCGUUGAUCCAUUUAUAUUUUAUGUUAUUUAGACCUACUUGAUGUUUUAUUGUAUGUACUUGACGAAUUGUGAUUUUAUCAACUUUCAUUUUAUAUAACUAACUUUAAAUUUAAGAUUUUCAAUGAUCUUUAAGAUAUACAACUUAAUAUUGACGUUAUGACAUCACUGUUCAAGUUUUUAUACAAUAUCAGAUUUACAUACUGUGCACAUUUUUUGCAUUACCGGUAUUUACUUUCGAUGGGAUUGGACGUUUUAUAUAAUGUUUACACUGUUUACCAACACCUUAUACAAUACCUAAAUGUGUACCGUUAUCAUUGAACAAAUAUUAAUUUUCAACAAAGCUGUAAAUGUUUGAAGGAGUUUGUGUAUUUUUAAGGAUUGUUUUACUCAUAUAACGUACAAAAAAGAGUGAGCACUUUUAAACUAAAAUAAUUUGCAAUAAUGUAGUUUAUAUUUCACGUCUUAACUGGAUCAUGCUUUUGCACUAUGCUUUACAUUACAACAUAAGGAUAGUUUUGAAGAUGCAUGAGCUUGACUCGACAUACAACAAGAAAUAAGGUUGAUUUCUUAUUUUGAUUAUUUACAUUUUCAUAACGUAACUGCAUAUUAUGAGUUUGUACCGUAGCAGUCUGAAAAUCUAACAUGAUUUAACAUUUUAUCUAAUAAACAAAUUAUGGCCAAUAUGUUAAUGAAAAAUCAUACAAACUAUGAUUUAAAAUAUUCAGUUCCUUAUACUUAAUAUGUGACUUGGUUAUGAAAGCUUUCUAUUUAUGUUAAAUUAUAAACUGAUUUGAUUAUGUACCAACUUGAAAAGCUGAAUUGUUAUUAAUUUUGAACAAAAAUAUGAGUAAAAAGUAUUGUUUUUAUACAUUUAUAGGUGAUUAUUUUAAAUCAAAAUGUCUCAUUUAUCAUUUCCAUACAAGUAGCAAGUUGUUUUAUUUAAAACGCAGUACCCUAUUUUCGUAGUCAGUGUUUUCUCAAGAAAGCACUUGUUAAAAUUGAGUUUUCUGUAUCUAGAAUUAAAAUAAGUAGGCCUACUUGUAAAUAUUACGUUUUGGAGCUUAGCUCAGUUAAUAAGUUUAUCGUAGUCAAUAAGUUGGUAUUCCUAAGUUGGUGAAAACAAUCGCUGCUCUAAGUUAUGUCGAUUAUACAAUACCGUUUAUUUGGUGACCAACCAUCCCCGUGUUAAUGUUAUCAAUCCGUUCAAAGACCGAUUCUUACAACAAAUCUAACAAUCACAAAACUAACAGGACUAUUUGAUCAUGCACGUUGCUUUCGGUGCAAUUAGUUAAUCUAGUUAAGCAAUAAUGUUUAUGAGUUUAUAUGAAUUUUAUUAGCGUAAGAAGGAGUUAUCCAGUGCUAGGCACUAUAGUUGUAAUUUGACGAGCUGGUCAUUUCUCUUAGGUCCGUGUUGCUUUCCUAACCGCCUCUACCUCAUGAGGAUUACUGUGUAUGUGUGCGUGGUCUGUCUGUAGGUAACUUGACACAUAUCUCGCUUGACCGCAUUUAAUGUGAGAUAUUGUGGUGUGUUGUUGUUAGUAGCUAGUUCCUCAGGUAUGUAACGCACCUUCGUUGUAUCUGAUAAGACUGAGACAUGUACGUGUAAGACUGAUAUAUCUGCGCCUGUUAUGUUGACUGCCUUAGUGCAGAAUUAGUGUAAGGUGCUAAACAAAUCCUUGUAACACAAGGUUUUAAUAAAGUUCUUUUACCACA